GUUUGUGUUUCGUGGUCACGAAAAAAAAAAUCAUUCGACAGAAACGUAGAAAAAAAAAAACCUCUCGAAGAAACAGAAGGCGAUUGUCGAUCCAUCUCGUUCCAUCUUCUUCCGUCGAGUUCCAAGGUUAAACAAACAUGGGACAAAACUAUAGCUACGCCCAGCCUUCCUCAUCAGACGAGUAUGACUUGACCUCACUUCUUGAAGCUGAAGCGGCUUUGUACGCUGAAGAAGCUGAGAGUAGCUACAACAUUGGUGAGCCUGUUCAGUGCCCACCUCAGCCGUUUCAGUACUUAUGCGGGGGACAUACAAAUGCGGAGGAGAUGCGUGCCUUUGAGAGACAACUUAGUCUUCUCAAGGAUCAAGUUCGUGAGAGUGACCAGAAGCUGGCUAAGCUCGAGAAGACCCUGUGUGAUGAGUUAUGCAAGAAGACAUCAUGGGUUACAAUUCUUGGAGUUUCUCUUCUGCUGAGCCUUUUACUUUUAAUAGCGGUGAUAAUUCUUGGAGGAACAGCUUCGAAGGAUAGUAGAAGAGUAUCUGACGUGGAGACUGUCUUUAAGGUUAGAAACAUUUAAACUGAAGCUAUUCCUCUGUUUUUUGCUUAUCUGAAAAAAACAUAACAUUUAUACUGAAACUCUUUAUCUUAAAUGCUUACCUUCCUUAUUCAGAUUUGAUAGGAUAUUAAACGUUAUCACACUGGUACUUGUUUACUUUCUGUGUUACUAGUAGAGAACUUAUUAGAUUUGAUUGGUGGUAAAUGCUAGUUUAGAGCUUUCUAUCUGCCUAACUACUUAGUUUUGUUGGUGAUAAAUGCUAGUUUAGAGCUUUCUUUCUUCUAGCUGGCUUAUUUAAGGGCUGUGUUGCUAAUAGAGUAACACAGACAAUUAGAUAAAAUGAAUAACAGCAGUGGUUUCCGAAACCUACUGUAUAGUCAAUGUCCCAUAGAACUUGAUUCACCCGAACAAGUUUGGUUCGGUAGCCAACCACCUGAGCCUGUUGGGUCCGGUAGCCAAGCUCCUGUUGGCGAGUCUGGUGAGCCGGUUGUCGAGUCUGCUAUCAAAGAGAGGAGGAAAUGGUCCCAGCAAGAGGAUUUAAUACUGAUUGGUGCUUGGCUCAACACAAGUAAAGAUGCAGUUAAAAAUACUGAGCAGAAAGCUGGUGCAUUCUGGAAGAGGAUCAUCGACUACUACAAUGCAAGCCCUCUUCUGGUGGGGACAAUUCCGAGAGAGCUUACUCCAGCCAAGCAGCGGUGGGCUAGGAUUAACGCAGAUGUCUCCAAGUUCGUUGGUUGCUAUGACCAGGCUAUGAGGGAGCAGAAAAGCAGUGAAAACGAUGAUGAUCUGAUGAAAGCCGCACUAGACUACUACUUCAAGGAUCAAGGCCACAAGUUCGGCAUGGAACACGCCUGGAGGGAACUGAGGCAUGACCAGAAAUGGUGCUCAUCAUGUAAAGACAGUGGGAAAGAUAAGCGCAAACAUGUCUUGGAGGUUGAUAUAGACGAGGAAGAGGGCAGACCGGUCGGGGUCAAGGCAGCGAAAGCUGCUUCUAAGAAGAAGAAGAGUGGGAAAGAAGAGGAGUUGUCGCGUUUACAAACCAUCAUGGAGAUUAAACAGAAACUAUCUAACCAGAAACUUCUCGAUCGUUUAUUAGCCAAAAAAGUGCCAUUAACUGAGAUGGAAACAUCACUUAAGCUCAAGCUAAUGUCUGAAAUGUUAUGAUGUUAUUCUCUUUAAGGUUCCGCAGUAAAAGAGGAAGCAAGUCACGGGUGCCUUUGGAGUGGUGAAAGUCUUUUCUUCUGUAGCUCAUGUGAAGCAAGUCACGGGAAGUCCUUUUUGUGCUAUAAGUUUGUGUCUCGGUUUCUAUCUUGCCAUCACUUCUUCCUUCCUUUUUUUUCCCCGAUUCUAAUCUGGUCGCGAAGAAGUUGUUUUAGAUUAUUGUUGUUGUAACAUUUGGCUACUACUCCAAGUUGUAAGUUUGGCUACAACUCUAUCUUGCCAUCACUACUAUAUUUAAUCAGGUAACUUAAUCCCUUGUGUUGUUAUUUGUUUGUUUGUUGAUGAAGUAACACUAAUUAUAACUGUUAUAUAAUAAUAUGCAUAAUCAUUGUAACCUGUUAAAAGAAAUGAUCAUCACGCCUCAUGAGUCCACUCCAACCAAAAGAAAUGAUCAUCACGCCUCAUAAUCAAACGUUGAUCUUCUUCUAUAUAAUUAGUGUUCACCUUUUUUUUAUAAUAAUGUUUCGAUAGAAUGUUAUUUAUGUCGUGAAGCAAAUAAUUAUAUCAUUCAUAGUGUUCACAUACGAAAAUGGUCAUACUAAAUUUAGCAUUCAUAAUCAAACGCUGAUCUUAUGUCAUUCAUAGUGUUCACAUACGAAAAUGGUCAUCUUAGGUUACGUUAUAAUUAUCUAGAUAAUUUUAGAUAAUUAAAAAAAAUGUGAGAUUAACUUAUAGAUAAUUUAAUUAUUUUCAAGAUAUGUCAUCAUCUUCAUCCGAUGAAGUCGAUGAAAGAUUGGACGAAAUUUGUGAAGAAUACGUAGAAGAAACAUACAACGACAUAGUGGAGACCCAAACCAUACCGCAAAGGACACGUGCGUAUGUAGAACGACACCGCGAAGGAGGACAAGACCAAUUAUGGAAUGAUUACUUCAGCGAAGAUUCGACUUUCUCGACUCAAUUAUUCAGACGCUGUUUCCGCGUGAAUAAGGAAUUAUUCUUGCGUCUUGUUCAUGGCCUAGAAGCGUCCUUUCCAUUCUUUCAGCAAAAAAGAGAUGCAACCGGGAGGUGGAGUCUUACUGCACUACAAAAAUGUACUGCAGCUAUUCGUCUGCUCGCUUAUGGGACCGCGGCUGACACCGUUGACGAAUAUCUCCGACUUGGUGAGACCACUGCACUUUCGUGUUUACAUAAUUUUACUGACGGAAUAAUACUGUUAUUCGGAGAAGAGUAUCUACGACGACCCACACCGGAGGAUAUUCAACGACUACUCGAUAUUGGAGAGAAACGAGGGUUUCCUGGGAUGGUCGGGAGCAUUGACUGUAUGCAUUGGGAGUGGAAAAAUUGUCCAACAGCUUGGAAAGGACAAUACGCCCGUGGAUCAGGAAAACCGACAAUUGUAUUAGAGGCUGUAGCUUCCCAAGAUCUUUGGAUAUGGCACGCCUUUUUUGGUCCUCCAGGUACCUUAAACGAUAUUAAUGUCCUCGAUCGGUCUCCUGUUUUUGAUGAUAUUUUACAAGGUCGAGCUCCGAGGGUAAAGUACGUGGUCAACGGACACAUGUAUAAGUUGGGGUACUACCUCACAGACGGUAUAUAUCCAAAAUGGUCAACAUUUAUCCAAUCUAUCACCCUUCCUCAAACUCCUCAACAAGAGUUAUUUGCUAAAGUUCAAGAAGCUACCCGAAAAGAUGUGGAGCGGGCUUUUGGAGUAUUGCAAUCUCGAUUUGCAAUUGUGAGAAAUCCGGUCAAAACAUUGAACAAAGAAAAGAUAGAGAAGAUUAUGCGAGCAUGUAUCAUACUUCACAAUAUGAUAGUCGAAGAUGAACGGGAUGGAUACUCUCGUAUUGAUAUAUCUGAAUUUGAAGAAGGAGACGUCAUGAGAAGUUCACAGGUGGAAUCCGAGUGGCCAACAAAUCUGAAUAAUAUCUUCCCCACUCGAAAUGAUCUUCGUGAUAGGCAAACACAUGAACGGUUGAAAACUGAUUUAAUUCAAAAUAUUUGGAAUAAAUUUGGUGAAGAAGAUUAUAAAUUAUUCUAUCUUUAUGUUUAAUUAUUGUAUUUUUUUUUUAAUUCCUUGAUUAUGUUUAAUUAUUGUAUCUUUAUGUUUAAUUAAUGUAUCUUUAUGUUUAAUUAGUGUUUCUUGAUUUCUUUAUAUUUAUCAUUGUAUCUUUUUUUUCAUGCAAUUAAUAAAAUAAAAAUUAUUAUUAAAUUGUUUUGUGGGAAAUUGUUUCUUUUUUUUCAGGACGAACCGGGGCAAUGUCUUCUUUCUCAUUUGACUACUGUUUUGUGGCUGAGGUCACUGCUUUUAAUCUAAAAGAAGACAAACUUGUGAGUCAAUUUAGUUAGUAAAAUAAAUAGUUUAAUCUAUUAUGUGUCUUUACAUUAUUUGUUUGCAGUACCUUCCUGUGGGAGCUACGAGUUCUACUGCUUUGCAUAAACAAUGCAAAGAGACGAUACUGGUGAACAAAGAGGGAAAUUCAUGGAAUGUGAGUUUGCGAUUUAGCGAAUCAGGCGGCAAGUAUUACAUCACAAGAGGCUGGAGAAAGUUCUGUCUCGAUAACAGAUGCGAGAUAGGAGACUUAUUUGCGUUCAAUGUGGUUGGAGAUGGGAAAACUACUCCAUUGAUGUGUGUAUGUCCGGAAAGAAAAGAGUGCUCUGAAAUACUGAGCAAAUACUUGAGCAGAACGAGUGGUGAGUCUUCAUUAGGUGGUCAUUCAUGAUCAUGUUGGAUUUUAAUAUUCAAUCAUCUUAUAAACUCUUAUGUGUAAUCUUUAUAUUUAAUCAUGUUUUUAUUUAGGAAUUAUUCUAUCUUUAUGUUUAAUUAUUGUUUUCAUUCUUAUAAAAAUUAUAUUUCACUAAAAAAAAUAUAUAUAUAUAUUUUUUUAUUCCUAAGGAUUCCAACUUCGGGUUCACCAUUGUACACACAUUUUUCACAAGAAUCCUUAACUAUUUAAAAAAAAAAAUUGAUUAUUUGUUCCUAAGGACUCCACAAUGGGUAUCACCAUUGUGGAUGCUCUUAAUGGAAAGUUCUUACUGUGGGAUGAAAAAUAAAAAAUUUAAACAAUAAUAACCCCCAUUAAUCAUGAAAUUCUGAUACAUAGUUUCUCAUAAAGAUCUCUCCAAUUAAUUGUUGUAAUUUGAUUAGUUGAUGAUUUUUUAUUUUUUAUUUAUUUAAUUAAAGUUUUUAAAAUGAAAUUAUUCAUAGCAUUACCUAAUCUAAUAUAUAUUUCCAAACAUACAAUUAAGCAUCUUAAAUAUAGAUGAAUUAACAUAAUUUAUUUAUAGAAAUAAUUAAAUAUCUAAAUUACAUUAUAUAAGUUGAUAAGAUACAUAUAA